GACAGCCCGGUCUCCAGUCAGUGUCAGACACUCUGAUCAGAUGCGUUUACCUCAUAUGCUCCAGUCCCGUUACAUUCAGUUUGACUUCGCGUAUUUAUUCCCAAACCUCGGGGUUGAUGUGUUUAAACGCACACUGUAGAUUUAAAUCCAGACAAUUAUUUACUCGCAUAUUUUACCUGGGCUGCACAGCACCUGAUGUCGGCAUAGGCACGCGCUCGCAAGGAUUAUCAUCUUAGAACUAGAGCCAUGGAGACAGUCAUUCACUUUAUGAAUGACUCUGUAGAGUUUUAUAAAUGGAGCCUUACCAUAGCAGAUAAGCGUGUGGAGGAAUGGCCCAUGAUGUCGUCUCCGCUCCCCACACUGGGGAUCAGUGUUCUAUACCUGCUCUUCCUGUGGGUCGGACCCCUUUACAUGCAGAACCGGGAGCCUUUUCAGCUCAGAAAAACCCUCAUUGUGUACAACUUCAGCAUGGUGCUGCUUAACUUCUACAUCUGCAAAGAGCUGCUUCUGGGCUCCAGAGCGGCUGGAUACAGUUACCUCUGCCAGCCUGUGAACUACUCCAAUGAUGUGAAUGAAGUCAGGAUAGCGUCAGCACUAUGGUGGUACUACAUCUCUAAAGGGGUGGAGUUUCUGGACACAGUUUUCUUCAUCAUGAGGAAGAAGUUUAAUCAGGUCAGCUUCCUGCACGUCUAUCACCACUGCACAAUGUUCAUCCUGUGGUGGAUCGGCAUCAAGUGGGUUCCUGGCGGACAGUCUUUCUUUGGUGCUACGAUUAAUUCAGGCAUUCACGUUCUGAUGUACGGAUACUACGGCUUGGCAGCGUUUGGACCGAAGAUCCAGAAGUACCUGUGGUGGAAGAAAUACCUCACUAUUAUUCAGAUGAUCCAGUUCCACGUCACCAUUGGCCACGCCGCUCAUUCUCUCUACACGGGUUGCCCAUUCCCGGCCUGGAUGCAGUGGGCUCUGAUUGGCUACGCCGUCACAUUCAUCAUCCUGUUUGCCAAUUUCUACUACCAGACCUACCGCCGCCAGCCACGCCUCAAGACGGCCAAAACUGCUGUGAACGGCAUCUCCAAUGGCACCAGCAAGACAUCGGAGGUCACAGAAAACGGAAAGAAACAGAAGAAAGGAAAAGGAAAGCAUGAUUGAAAAGAAACAAGACAGUAAGAGGAAAAACACUGGGUCUCACGGGCUUCAAGAAUAGCCAUGUCUCAACUGCUACAGACUGUUUGGUAAUUCAUAGCAAACUACUCUGAGAAGUUUCGUUAUCAUUUGGUGGGAAUAGUCCGUUUUCCUUCACAAAAUCGCAUGCUUUUCCACAAAAACAGAAAGCUAAUUCUCUUGAAUGUUUUUAUUUAGUAUAAGCAGCAGAUGAAAGAUUCUUACAUAAAUGGUUUGGCUGGACGCUUCACGUGUGCUUCCUCUGGUCUCGAUGACAGCCAGCUUUCCUGAAAGACUGAGCCCUUCAACAAAUGAUAAUGAGAAAGAGUCGUUAUGCAAGUCUGAAUCACUUCCAUAAAACACGAGGAUAAUCCCACUUUCUAGUUUUUUUAUAGCUAUCAUGAUUGUCUGUUUGAAUCUUCGGUUGUAGUGAAACAGUGGUGUUUAAGGGCUCAGGUCAAUGUUAUUAAAAUGGCAACAUGGUUCUACCAAAGAAAAUUGCCGUACAUUUGGUGGGUUUAUAUUCUUGCAUUAGAUCAUGUCAUUAUUUGAAUUUAAUUUCCUGUUCAAAACAAGUUCCUGAGAUUUGCGUGCAGUAAUGUCAGUGUCAUGGCUAUAUACUCAGGUAGUUUCAAAGGUUUUUGUUCCACAUGUAAAAUUGGACACAUAUACUGCAUACAAACACACACUUGUGUCCUUAAUGUCUGUUCGGGUAUGUGUACUCCUAUUGCUUUGUGCAUGUAGCUUUUAUUACGAUUUUGCAAGUUAUAUUACAUUACAGUUAUACUUAUUUUGCUUUUUGUUCCCUUUUAUGAAAAAAAAAAAGGUUCCUGUGUUAAUACAAUCCCAUGAUUGGAAAAAAGGGUAGACAAAAGAUGUUUGAAAACAGCUAUAUAUUUUCUGUAUGACAAUCUUAAAUUCACACAGGAAGCUGUGUUUGUGAUCUGUAAAUUGUGUACAACUGAUUCUUACAAAUGUCAACGUUCCUCUUAUUGUAAACAAAUAUAUCAGUUUAUACAGAACUGAAUGAAAUAAACAGGAUGUCAACC